AUGAUAUUCAACGACUCGCCAGAAUAUCUGGAGCGCAAGAAUACGCCUUUCACUCCUCCCGAUGUCGGCCUCUCACAGAUACAUGCAGCUAUUCCGCAGGCGGUGUAUCGAAAAUCGACAUGGAAAGGACUGUAUUAUGUGUCCUGUCAUUUGGUCUUAGUGUGGCUGCUGUACUCUCUUGCCGUGCAUAUCGAUGAUGUGCCUUCAAGGCUAGCUCGAAUUGAGCAUCGUGUCGGUGUGCUAUUUAUUAGAUGCGCAUUGUGGGCGGCCUAUUGGUUGUUCCAAGGCAUUGCACUAGCGGGUUGGUGGACUUUAGCUCACGAAGCGGGCCACGGAAAUCUCUCACAGUAUAAGAUUGUGAACAAUAUAGUGGGAUUCACCCUCCAUUCUAUGAUUUUGACGCCGUAUUUCGCCUGGCGCAGCACGCAUAGAGCACACCAUAAAGCGGCGGGCUCUAUGGAGCGUGACGAGAACUUCGUUCCUCGCACACGCAGUGAUUAUGGUCUCCCGAAGGAUCAGGAAAGAAUUGUAUACAGCGACUUUUUUGAGGACGCCCCUUUAUAUACUAUUAUCAGCUUGCUUCUGAUGCAGUUAGGAGGGCUGCAGGCAUACUUGCUUUUUAACUCAAUGGGACUCCCAUCGUAUCCCCCAGGAACGAACCAUUUUUAUCCGUCCUCAGCGUUGUUUAAAUCUGCAGAGUACAGCAGCAUCGUCAUAUCUGAUGCAGGUAUUGCGGUAAUCCUCAUAUUUCUGUUCCGUUAUGCCAUGCAUCACGGAUUUACCGCGCUUGGCAAAUACUACAUAGUCCCGUAUAUUCUUGCGAAUCAUUGGGUAGUCCUCUUUGUCUUUCUUCAGCAUUCGGAUCCUACGGUGCCGCACUACAGAGGAGAUCAGUGGACUUUUCUCAGAGGAGCAUUGGCAACCGUGGAUCGUCCUGUGAUGGGGAGGUUCGGCCGAUUUUUCUUCCAUAAUUUAUCGCACGACCAUGUCGCCCACCAUUUGUUUUCGACAGUUCCAUUCUACAAUCUACCUGAAGUAACUCGAGUCCUGCGUAGCAUAUUGAAGGAACAUCACAAUUAUGACUCAACGAAUACGUUCUAUGCUCUCUACCGCUCGUUCACGCAAUGUUGGUUUGUAGAGGACGAGGGAGGUAUCGUCUUCUACAAGGAUAGGCGUGGCCAUUCCCAGCGUGAGCUGACUUUUAUCGGAAGCUCACAAAGUGGGACGCCAACGGGGGUAGGAAACUCAAAGUCUACGAAUACGUAG